GCGGUACGAUGACGUCUAUAAUGCACAUGGUGGUAGAGAACUAUAGUGAAUUCGUUGAAUCAAGAGAUCCAAUAGUAGACUCAUGGCUGUUUAUGAAAUCACCAGUUCCUGUAGUUACGAUACUAAUCACAUAUCUCUACUUCGUUUUGAAGCUGGGACCAAAAAUGAUGGCGAAACGUGAACCAUACAAUCUUCAGACACUCUUAGUGGCUUACAAUGCUUACCAAGUGCUGUUCAGCAUAUGGUUAUGUUCACAAGCCCUCAAAGUACAGAAGCCAAUGCAACUGUUGAAACACACGUGCAAGAAUCCUUCCACGAAUCGGGAGUUCCAGGAAGUUCUCUCCAAUGGAGCAUGGUGGUACUUCUUCUCCAAAAUAGUGGAACUUCUAGAUACGGUGUUCUUCGUACUGAGGAAGAAACAGUCUCAGGUGACGUUUCUACAUGUGUACCACCACGCAAUUACAAUGUUCUUCUCUUGGGGAUACCUCAAAUUUCUACCAGGUGAACAGGGUGUAGUUAUUGGAUUCUUGAACUCACUGGUACAUGUAGUAAUGUAUUUCUACUAUAUGGUGGCUGCAAUGGGUCCAAAGUACCAGAAAUACCUGUGGUGGAAGAAGUACAUUACCUGGAUCCAACUCACCCAGUUUUGCAUAAUGUUGGCCUACCUCUUUUCGAUCAUCCUGAUGGACUGCAAACUACCGAAGGCCUUGACCUUCUUCUUCGUCGGCAACGUAGUGAUAUUCCUGUACCUCUUCAGCGAUUUCUACAGGAAGGCUUACAAGAAGAAACCGAAGACGGAGUCUCAAAGCACGAAUGGCCUUUCGAAUGGUCAUGCGAAGACAGUUAAAGAUCAAUAGCACACCUUGUGAUGAACUACAUAUUUAUUUACGUCGGCGUUACUUUUUCGGGCAAUUUUUAACCAAAUUGUUUUUUCGUUGUUGAUAGUCGAGAUCAUUAACCAAUGCUAUAUAUCUCGUAACAUGUCAAAAAAGCAAAACUUGAUACAAAGUGGUCCAUUUUUCGACUGGAGACUCCUGGGCAUUUCUUACAAGCUGGAACAAUUUAUCCGAUAAUAUGAUGUUUCAUGUUGAAUCUCUAUGAGUAACUUUGACCACAAUGCAAAAAUGUGAUUUUGGUGGAUUUUCUCUGAACUUUGGGGUUAUCUUCUACUAGUGAAGCUGAUCAAAUGUUUCUCAUUGCAAAAAUUCGACUUAAUUUGGUCCAUUUUAUUUCCACUAGAGUAUGGUACUUAUUCAAGUAUGGUAGUUCAACAACUAUCCUAAAAAUGAACAUAAAGUACCAAAAAAAUUAUGCACGUGUGCUUGGGCGACUGUAUACUCAUAAUUUGGUGAGUUCAUUAAUACGGGGAUAUUUGGAAAAACAUCCAGACUAAACUAAAAGUAUUGUUUGUAUGAGAAUUGGCGAUAAGUCAAAUAUUAUUGAUUUUUCAUUUCAAUUUCGUGGAUUGGGCAUUUUAGUUGUUUUAAAAUCCAUUUCUUGAGCUCUUUUUCAAACUAUCUAAAUGAUUUUUCUGCUUUUAAUGACUCUGGUAUGCAGUUACAGAAUUUUGGUCCCAAUAAAAAAAAUCGAUGUUUCAGAUGUUUGUGGAAUAACACUGACUUUUGAUUGAAUCUUGUUCUGUGGUAAUGAAUGACACACUUCAAGUGUUUCGAAUGUUUAAUAUAAUACAUAUAUUUAUAUAAAAAAUACUAUAACAAUGAAUUUGUCUGCAAUCUAAUAAUUGAGACCUCCUCAUGCAGGAUCAACUUCAGAAUUAAUUUCUUGAUAACAUCAAUCUUUUUGUAAUGAUUAUCUACAACUCCCCCGAAGCCAAAAUUCCGUAAAGUAUUAAAGGGUAGAUGAGAUGAUAAUAAAGAUUGUAUAGAUAUUUUUUAUCUGAAUUUUGAAAUAAUACAUGUCAGUCUAUUCUCCAGUUACACUGCAUGGGCAUUCCAGUUUGUUUGUUCAAAACUACACCUAAGUUAUUUUAUUAGUUGACUGAUCUCAUGGGAAUCACUGCUUGUAUGAAGCUCAAGCUUAAUAAAAUUAUCGAGUAUAAACUGACGUCUGCUUGUUUUCAUUGCUUGAGAAAAGGCAGAAGGUCACUUCAAAGCUGGAUGAAUCGGAGUAAUGUCAACAAAAGAGUACUUCAACCAUCUCCCUUGUAGGGGAAUGUUUUUUCACUUUAAGUGUUGUAACAACUUAGAUAGAUACCAUAUUCUAGUGUAAAUAAAAUAUCAGAAACGUAUUCUCUCCCGCAUUUGGGGUUGAAUUUUUAUUCGAAAGGUUGGGACACAUUCUUUGAGUACACGUUUCCAAGGCAUAGUCAUUUUGCUAUUUUUCUCAAAUACUUAAACCUUCCAAUGCUUUUGGUAUCUUUUUAUUGCUUCACACAAAGACAUGGUCCACAUUGUGUUAGAAUAGUACUUUUCCAGGAAUGCUCCCGCGUAGGGAUAUUUCAGCGACUUUGAAGGGUAGUAAGAAGCAAAACGAAAGUAAAGAUAGAUUCAAUUCAAGUUGAAAUUUCUUUGUUAUUUGUGGAGUAAGCAAUUUAUUCAAAUCAUAAGCUGUGCGCUGAGCUAAUAAAGAAACGGGUUUUUCGGUCUGGCUGUAUAACGUAUAAAUAUCAAUUCUGUAAGCCUUCUGAGCCCCUGGAUCGCUUUGAAUCGAGUUCAUGCGAUAAGAACAUUUGAUCAGCUUCACUUGUAUCACUUAACAGAUAAGUGCAAUGAGUGAUGCGAUAGACUACUGUUAAAGCUAAAAGUUCGUAUAAGUACAUACGAAUAAAGCUAAGCAAAAUUAAUUGUGCUUCAUGCUCCGAUACUGGAACUGUCCAAAGAAGAUUAUCUAAUAAGCAAGUAUCUUCAAUUCAUCUUGAAUCAAUUAUAUGUUUUAUCUUCGAUUUAGUCUAGCGAUGCAUCUCAGACGGCCAACAAGUAGAAUGGUUCUGUAUGCAUGCCAGGGAUUUUUUGUACAUAAAGGCAUUCUUGUAAAAUGUACUUGUACAACCAGUGAUCUUAAUAAUUUAUUCAUUAGUCUUUAUUUGUAAGAAUUAGAUUAAGCUACCAGAGUUCAAAUAUAACAAAGGUUAAG